AUGGAAAUUCUUGUGAGGAUUUUUACUGAGAAGUCUACUCACCCUCAAUUCAAAUUUCAUUGGAAGUGUGAGAGAACUAGGAUUGUUAACCUCUAUUUUGUUGAUGACCUUAUGAUUUUUAGUAGAGGUGAUGAGUCCACUGUUAAGGUACUCAUGGAAGGUUUUAUGGAAUUUAAAAACCUCUCAGGCCUUACUCCUAGCCUUAGCAAGAGUAAUAUAUAUUUCUCUGGCUAUAGUGAGGAUUUGAAAGAGUCUAUUUUGAGGAUUGCCAAAUUCAAUGUUGGCAAUCUCCCUGUGAAGUAUCUUGUUGUUCCUCUCAUUACAACAAAGUUGAGAGCCUUUGAUUGUACCCAACUUACUGAUAGGAUAACCAAGAGGGUUAAGAGCUGGACCCACAGAGUACUCUCUUAUGCUGGCAGAGGCCAACUCAUUCAAACCAUCCUCUUUUCUAUGCAAGUGUAUUGGUCUUCCUUGUUCAUUCUUCUAAUAAAGGUUGUUAAGGAAAUUAAGAGUAUUCUUAGGGCUUUCCUCUAG